CCCUUAGAAUCGACAGUAACACUAUUGACUAACGUAGAUGAUACCUAUAUCAAACCCCCUCCGGGCGUGGACCAUAACUUAACGGUCUUCAUCGGGAUUUAUAGCAUCUAUGAGAAAAUCGAGUUUAGGAAGUGCUUGCGCGAAUUGUAUUCACAUAACAAUGCCGCUCUAGCGCGGUAUCUCGGAGUCGAGAAAUCUCCCGUGACGAUUAGGUUUAUCAUAGGACUGCCAAAGGAUGAACUUAAGGAUAAACUGGAGGAGGAAGCUAAAACGUACGGAGAUAUUGUUAUUUUGAAUAUAGAAGAGAACUUGUACGAUGGAAAGACGUUUGAAUAUUUCAAAUGGCUUGCUAAGCAU